AUCGUCGCCCCUGCUUCAACCUCACUGUCCUUCCUCUUCCUCUACCACCAACGACGACACCUUCCUACCCAUCAGUCCACCCCACGUGCGGCUUCCCGAGAGCUUUCCGCAACUCAACGACAUCCCAGGCGCAUAUCUGCCGACCUCACCAGCCGCCGCACACUCUUCGCCGACGAGACCUCCUCCGCCUCCACCAGAAAAGAAAGACGAGCUCGCAGACUUCAUAACAAUGGCCGAAUCACUCUCGCCGAUUGGCAUUGCCAAUCUCCCCAAUCAGCGCCAUAAGAUUGUCGCCAAGCGCGGCGCCGCCUUCACCAUCAUGGUUGCUGGCGAGUCCGGCCUGGGAAAGACCACCUUCAUCAACACUCUCUUCAGCACGACCAUCAAGAACUACGCCGAUCACCGCCGACGUCACGCUAAGCAGGUCGACAAGACGGUCGAGAUUGAAAUCACCAAGGCCGAGUUGGAGGAGAAGUUCUUCAAGGUCCGCUUGACGGUUAUCGACACUCCCGGAUUUGGCGACUACGUGAACAACAGAGACAGCUGGCAGCCAAUUAUAGAAUUCUUGGACGACCAGCAUGAGAGCUACAUGUUGCAGGAGCAGCAGCCAAAGAGAGCCGAGAAGAUCGAUCUCCGAGUGCACGCUUGCUUGUACUUCAUCCGCCCAACAGGUCACUCGUUGAAGCCUCUCGACAUUGAGGUGAUGAAGCGUCUGUGCACGCGCGUCAAUUUGAUCCCAGUGGUCGCAAAGGCGGAUACUCUUUCGCCAGCCGACCUCGCCAAGUUCAAGCACCGCAUCCGCAAUGUCAUCGAAGCCCAGGGCAUCAAAAUCUACACCCCACCUCUCGAGGAGGACGACGAAGCCGGUCUCCAGCACGCACGCAGCCUCAUCUCCGCCAUGCCCUUCUCCGUCAUCGGUUCCGAGCGCGAUGUCAACACUCCCGACGGCCGCACCGUCAAGGGUCGCCAAUACGCAUGGGGAGUCGCCGAGGUCGAGAACGAAGAGCACUGCGACUUCAAGAAGCUCCGCGCCAUUCUCAUCCGCACGCACAUGUUGGAUCUCAUCCACACGACCGAAGAGACCCACUACGAGGCCUACCGCGCACAACAGAUGGAGACGAGGAAAUUCGGCGAGGCACGCCCAAGAAAGUUGGACAACCCUAAAUUCAAGGAGGAGGAAGAGCAGCUUCGCAAGAGGUUCACGGAACAGGUCAAGGUUGAGGAACAGCGCUUCAGGCAGUGGGAGCAGAAGCUCAUCUCCGAGCGUGAUCGUCUGAACAAGGAUCUGGAGCAGAGCCAUGCUGUGAUUAAGCAGCUCGAGCUGGAAGUCGAGGGUCUGCAGGGUAGCAUGUCCCGUACUGGCAGACGCUAAACUGGCGUGGUGCUUGUGCUGGGCAGCGAAUGCGGGCUGUCGUCCGUCGAGUGUAUAGUAUGGUUAUUGUACUGGAGGGACAGAUC